AUGUACUGUUAUAAAAAGUGUCAAAGUUCUUUUCACGGAAAAAUUAGUGAAAUCCCAGGAAUAUCAGUGGAUAAUUUUACUGGAAGUAACGCCACAUCAAGAGCUUACUUCUUAAGUCAUUUUCACGCUGACCAUAUUCAAGGUCUUGACGAACCCAGCUUACUGGAACAUUUGAAGAAAAAAAAUGUGUUUAUAUAUACAACAGAAGUCACAUUAACCAUAAUGAGACAUGAGUUUGGAGAUUUAGAACUUCUUGAAUAUGUAAAAGCGUUAAGUAAAGAAUCCAAACUGAUAACAUUACCCAGUGUUCCGGAAGACAAUUUGGAGGAAAUGUUUUUAGAAGUGACACUGAUUCCUGCAGGGCAUUGUAUGGGGUCUACCAUGUUUCUUUUUAAGACCACAAAGAAAACUAUUUUAUACACAGGAGAUUUCCGUAUAAGAAUUAACGAUAUCCCGAAAUACGCGAAACUGCACGAACGAAACGGCGACCCGAUAAACAUCGACGCUAUGUAUGUGGACACGACCUUUAUCAAGGAGGAGUUCGAGGAUUUUCCGAAGAGAAGCGACACAGUUGAUACGAUAAUCGAUGAAAUUGAUAAAUGGCUGAGGACUGGCACGAAAUAUGCAGUGGCUAUAUAUAUGCCCGCCAAUUUUACAUACGAAUUUAUCUUCAAUCAAAUACACAAGAGAUUAAAUACAAAAGUGUAUGUCAAUGAUAAGAAGUGGAGAUUAUAUGGCACAAUACCGGAACUUGUUCCGGGCAUAACAAACGACGACAGCGAGACUCGGAUACACCUGUGCACCUCCAGAUCCGAACGAAACUCACAUUCGUCGUGCGUGAGUCAAGAACACGAGAAAUACCUCUUUGUUUAUCUCACCGCAAUGAAGUGGGAAAACUAUAAUGUCGAUUUUACACCCGUGAACCGGGUAACCCCCACCAGACUCGACGCUUGCUUUGCGACUCACUGUUCACGGCGAGAGGUAGUAAGUUUUGUCAGUUAUUUUAAGCCGGUGAAAGUGGAAGGGUUUCCUAACGAUUAUGUGGCUGCCACACCAAUUAAGAAAAAGAAUGAUGAAUUUGUGCUUUCACCCAAAGAUAGAAGCAUUCCUGGUGUUAAAAGGAAAUGUGAUACGACCGUUGACAAAGAAAAUAUGAAGAAUGUAACAAAGAAGAUUUUUUGA